UAUUUUUUAUACUUUUUAUAUAUAAUCUAUUUCUGUACUUUCGAUUUAGAAUUUGAAUUAUUUUAAAUUCUAGUUCUUUUACUUGUGCAAAAUGUACAAUCGCGGAAAAACUCGUAGCGCAAGGACAAAAGAAAAAAUUAAACCUGGUAUUCGUUUUAAACAGUUGGCGCGUGGGGCUUUAAUGAAUCAGCAAUGGUUAUCUGGAUUAAUAAAACAACAGAAUGCAAACAUUUCGUCAUUUCACCCAAAAGUUACUGGAAUACUUACAAAUAGUGAGAAAUCUCUUCUGCGCAAAAGUCGAGAGUUACGAAGCAAUUCAGAAAGGCUUAUUCUGGUAAAACUAAUGGCUAAUCUAACUGUUUUUUCACGAUUACCGCCUAAGCUACGAGCACGUUUGUCUCCCUAUGCGUACUUUAUAAUUAUUGGGCCGAAGCGAAGAAUAAUUAAAGAAGGACACGAGCCAGCGACGGUAUAUUUUGUGCUUACUGGCGACAUAACUGUUAGCAAAAAAGUCUGGGAUUCGGCUAAAGCCAAGUAUGUUGAUGGCUUGGACCAUGUAAGUGGGCCAGGCGAAUGGCUAGGUGAUAUAGAUCUACUUGAAAAUGAGAAAAGGCAAUACACAUUUACCAGUAAAACCGAAGUGGAACUACUGGCACUUGAUCGCGAGGAUUUCGAAAGCAUUCUAAUGCCCUUUGUUAGAGAGACUUGGGAAGGAAAAAAAGCUAUCUUGCGCCACUUUGGCUAUUUUGACUUUUUUACAAAUCAACAGCUAGUAACCGCUUGCAAAAUUGCUACGCUUCAACAGUUUGAACCUUACGAAACUAUAUACCACCAAGAUAAGGGACUAGAAUCGUUUGUUCAUUUUGUUAUAAGUGGUACAUGCAUGAUUCUGCAGUGCCUAAAAAUUAAGGUCUCUAUUAAACGAGGGAGGAAACAUUUUGAGCUCGUUGAAGUUACUAAAAGUGAAGAUCUAUUCAAGAAACCGAGUGCCACAGAAAUUCGAAGCUAUGUACGAGAGAAAACCACGUACUCCACAUUUUCUUUGGAUGAUACUAAAUCUGUUUCGGAUGAGGAUAUUCUUGCUAAGGAACAACGGAACAUGAAGAAAAUCAUGAACAUACAAACAAUAGAAAGAGAGUGCCAAAUGUACAAUCCCGCCGGAAGAUCUUCGGGGUCUUCAAAAAUCGAUUAUAAAUCAUCAAUUGGUUCAAGUUUUAUGGCAGACGAGGAGAAAAACAUUAAAAAUGUAGAAGAAGAGGAAGAGAGUGUCAACGAUUAUGAUAGUGAUUUAGAUGAGAUUUCAGAAGAUAGCGUAAAAAGAAUUAUAGACGAAAAAUAUUUGGGAACACAAUCCGAGUCAAGAAUUGAAAACCACUUUAUCGAGGUGUGCAGAGUCAGCAAAGGUGGUAUUUUUGGGCUCGGUGAAACAAUGGAACAUCGCAUUAUUAUGACUGAAACCACAGUACAGUGUUUAGUGUUGCCCAAAUAUUGGUUGCUGGAGCGCGAACAAAAUCCAGGAAAUAUGUGGGAAAAGCACAGAAUUCAACUAGAUUUUACCCUACCGUCGAGAGAAAACCUGUUCAAGAAUUUUUUAAACUCACGGAAAUGGCAAGUUUUCAAAUCAGAAAUCGUAUCUUCCUUUAAGUCGCCUGGGACUAAAUUGCAAGAUAUUCCAAUAAUAUAUCGUAUCAUAUCAUCCGAUGAAUAA